ACGGAAAAAAGUACCCCCGCCCCUCCCCCGACCUCAGUUUCCCAGGGCCCGAAACUAUUGUCUUACAGUUCUUUGCAUCAACACUGCGCGGUAAAUUAAACAAAUUGACAGAGCGAGUAAAUGUUUAGUUAAUGGAAGGUAAAUGAAGGGGAGCUGGAUUAACCUUUUUUUCCUAUUACAUGGGUUGUGAGGGCGCGGAGUGGUGAAUACUGAUGUCAUUGUUCUGGAUUGUCAUUCGCCAACUCGCCGAAAUCCAAGCCAUGGCUACAUCGAAGAAAGUUAUAACUAGGGCAGAUUGGGAGAAAAAGCUGAAUGACGUUAAAGUUAGAAAGGAGGAUAUGAAUAAAUUGGUGAUGAAUUUUCUGGUUACCGAAGGUUAUGUGGAGGCUGCGGAAAAAUUCAGACUCGAAUCUGGGACAGAGCCAGAUAUAGAUCUUGCAACUAUCACUGAUCGUAUGGCAGUUAAGAAGGCAGUACAGAGUGGUAAUGUGGAGGAUGCUAUUGAAAAAGUUAAUGAUUUGAACCCCGAGAUACUGGAUACCAAUCCCCAACUCUUUUUUCAUCUCCAACAGCAAAGGUUGAUAGAAUUGAUCCGAAAUGGGAAGGUAGAAGAGGCUUUGGAGUUUGCUCAAGAGGAACUUGCUCCAAGGGGAGAGGAAAAUCAAGGCUUUUUAGAAGAGUUGGAGAGGACUGUUGCACUGCUUGCUUUUGAAGAUGUCUCCAACUGCCCAGUUGGUGAGCUGCUUGAUAUAUCCCAGCGUCUUAAGACUGCUAGUGAGGUGAAUGCAGCCAUCCUUACCAGUCAAAGCCAUGAAAAAGAUCCAAAACUGCCAAGCCUAUUGAAAAUGCUGAUAUGGGUGCAAACCCAGCUCGACGAGAAAGCCUCUUACCCUCGAAUAAACGAUCUAUCUACAGCUGUGCUGGAGGAUCCUGCUGUUUGAGCCCUAAACCGAAAGGAAAUGAAGCUCAGAAGGUCAUGUAGAAGAGGUGAUUUGUCAUGAAUCAGCAAUGUCUGUACUUGUGUAUGGUUUUAGCCCCAUGUAAAUUCUAUAACAACUGUGGAACUCUUAUUGCAUUGCACCUGGCUCCCAAAUAAAUAUGAAUUAUUUAACAUUUCUGCA